UACUAGGGGGGAAAUUAGAAAAACCAAAUGAGCUCUUUCUCUUUCCAUGGCAAUUACACCUCUCCACCAUUAAAUGCUAUUGCACCCUCUCAAUACGCUCUGCAAUAACUCCUUGCUGCCACAAUUUUCUCUUUCUCUUCGCUUCCAUUGCUUUCUUCGUUUCCCAAGUCCCUUUGAUUCUUCAUCUUCUUCUUGCUUUCUAUUUUUUUUUUAAUUUUUUUCCCAGUCUUUUUCUUGCCUUGACUCUAUCUCCAUAUCCCACACACCUGCUUCUUACCAUAGAAGUUCUUACCAAAAUCUACUGAGAAACCACAAAAGCAGACCCAAAUACUGCUCUCUUUUCCACAAGAUAACCUCAAAACCAGAUCCAAAAAAAAAAAAAACAGAAAAGAAAAAUCUUCUCAGUCAAGACUUUCAUUUUUAUUCUUUUGGCAAGUAAAUUUCUUGUAUUGAUAGAGCUAAAGAAGGAAAGGAAACUGGGAAGGCAAAUUUGGAUUCUCCGUGAUCUUAGUUGGGCGUUAUGUGGGAUUUAUGUUUGGAUUUUUGGGUUUAGUCAGAUUUUUAUCUGUCAAAAAUUGUUAACUUAAACUUCUUAUAUAUUCUCUCUCUCUUACAUGUAUGUACGUAAGAACCAGAUAAACGUGGAGAGACAGAAACCCAUUUCUACGGUAAAAGAGAACCAUAGUCAGCCCUGUCUGCUUUUCUAAACUCCGCUAUAAAAUCCGUGAAAAAAAAAUCCAUUCCCUCUGAUCCAAGAACAUAUAUAUGUAGUAGAGUAAGAAAGGAGAGGGAGUUAAGCUAUCUAUAAGACACACACACUUACAUAUUUAUACAUAGUAUAUACAACUUCAUUAGGGUUUGUGGAUUGUGAAUAUGCCAGCGGGAAUGAUGAUUCCGGCAAGAAACAUGCCAUCAAUUAUUGGGGUUAAUGGAAAUGCUGGUGGGUUUGGAUCGUCUUCAGGACUUGCUCUUGGUCAGAUUGAAAAACAAUAAGCUUCAGGAAUCUUAAAGAUCUGUAGAUAAUGUUCCAGCCAAACAUGAUGGAAGGUCAGCUUCACCGUCUAGACAUGACACAAAACACACCUGAAGGCGACAUGGCUCGGAUCAGAGAUGAUGAAUUUGAUAGUACCAACACUAAAUCAGGCAGUGAGAACCAAGAUGGUGCAUCCGGUGAUGAUCAAGAUCCACGCCCCAAAAAGAAGCGUUAUCAUCGCCACACUCAGCAUCAGAUCCAAGAAAUGGAAGCUUUCUUCAAAGAGUGUCCACACCCAGAUGACAAGCAAAGGAAGGAGUUAAGCCGAGAAUUAGGGUUAGAGCCAUUGCAAGUCAAAUUUUGGUUCCAAAAUAAGCGCACCCAAAUGAAGACCCAGCAUGAGCGCCAUGAAAACACACAGCUUCGAAAUGAGAAUGAAAAGCUUAGGGCUGACAACAUGCGGUACAGAGAAGCUCUUAGCAAUGCCUCGUGUCCUAAUUGUGGAGGGCCUACUGCCAUUGGAGAAAUGUCCUUUGAUGAACAUCAUUUGAGACUGGAAAAUGCCAGAUUAAGAGAAGAGAUUGACCGUAUUUCGGCAAUCGCUGCUAAGUAUGUUGGCAAGCCUGUGGUGAACUAUCCACUUAUAUCGGCUCCGAUGCCUCCACGUCCACUUGACCUUGGUGUUGGGAAUUUUGGUGGACAGCCAGGCAUUGGAGGGGAGAUUUAUGGAGCUGGAGACCUACUUAGGUCGAUAACUGCUCCUACUGAGGCUGAUAAGCCCAUGAUAAUUGAGCUUGCAGUUGCAGCCAUGGAGGAGCUAGUUAGAAUGGCCCAAAUGGAUGAACCCUUAUGGAUGAGCAGCCUUGAUGGAACAAAUGCAGUAUUAGAUGAAGAUGAAUACGUAAGGAUAUUUCCUCGUGGUAUUGGGCCUAAACCUACUGGUUUUAAAUGUGAGGCUUCAAGAGAGUCUGCUGUUGUUAUCAUGAACCACAUCAACCUUGUUGAGUAUCUCAUGGAUGUGAAUCAGUGGUCUACAUUGUUUUCCGGCAUAGUCUCAAGAGCUUUGACUUUGGAAGUGUUAUCAACAGGAGUUGCAGGGAACUAUAAUGGUGCCUUGCAAGUGAUGACGGCUGAAUUUCAACUUCCAACUCCACUUGUUCCUACCCGAGAAAGUUACUUUGUGAGGUACUGUAAACAACAUGCCGAUGGUACUUGGGCAGUGGUUGAUGUUUCAUUGGACAAUUUACGCCCUAGUCCGGGAGCUAGGUGUCGAAGGAGGCCAUCUGGAUGUUUAAUUCAAGAAAUGCUCAAUGGAUACUCCAAGGUUACAUGGGUUGAACAUGUAGAGGUGGAUGAUAGAGGUGUUCAUAAUCUAUACAAGCAACUUGUUAGCUCAGGACAUGCAUUCGGGGCAAAACGAUGGGUGGCAACCCUAGAUCGGCAAUGCGAGCGCCUUGCCAGUGCCAUGGCAACAAAUAUUCCUGCUGGCGAUGUUGGUGUGAUUACUAAUCAAGAAGGGAGAAAGAGUAUGAUGAAGCUGGCAGAGAGAAUGGUGAUAAGCUUCUGUGCUGGAGUGAGCGCCUCUACUGCUCAUACUUGGACUACACUAUCUGGAACUGGAGCUGAUGAUGUUAGGGUCAUGACAAGGAAGAGUGUAGAUGAUCCAGGGAGGCCUCCUGGGAUUGUGCUUAGUGCUGCAACUUCCUUCUGGCUUCCAGUUCCUCCAAAAAGGGUUUUUGAUUUUCUUCGUGACGAGAGCACUCGAAAUGAGUGGGAUAUUCUAUCAAAUGGUGGAGUUGUCCAAGAAAUGGCACACAUUGCUAAUGGCCGGGAUACAGGCAAUUGUGUAUCUCUACUUCGAGUUAAUAGCGCGAAUUCGAGCCAGAGCAACAUGCUGAUUUUACAAGAGAGUUGCACUGAUCAAACAGCGUCUUUCGUAAUCUAUGCACCGGUUGAUAUUGUUGCAAUGAACGUCGUACUUAAUGGAGGCGAUCCAGACUAUGUAGCACUUCUUCCUUCAGGGUUUGCUGUUCUUCCCGAUGGAACUGGAGCGCAUGUAGGAGGCAUGGAGGAGGCUGCAGGUGGAUCUCUUCUAACUGUUGCAUUCCAGAUUUUGGUUGAUUCAGUUCCUACAGCAAAACUAUCUCUCGGCUCAGUGGCAACUGUUAACAACUUGAUUGCCUGCACCGUGGAGAGGAUUAAGGCUUCUUUAUCAUGCGAAUCUGCAUGAUCUUUGAAGGUUAAUUUAGAGUUCAUUAACCAGAGGAGGAAAAAAGAGGGGAAAUUUGAGAAAAACACAAAGAUGGUGGCCAUUUUGGCUUUUAUAGAAGAAGAUUAACGGGAGAAGUCAAGAGCGCACCUUGCAUGCCUCAUGGUUUGCGAUAAGGGCAAGACUACUAGUUAGCAACCAAAGCAUACCAUGGGGGAUCAGAAAGGACGUUAGAGGUUCGGGAAUUGACUUCGCCAAACAAAGUAAAAAGGAAAGACCUUAAAAUAUUAAUCCAAGGUUGAACUACUGCUCCUUUUCCCCUUCUUUAACUUAUUAGUUAGGGUUUUGUGCCCCGAUAGUACUUCAAGUUUUAUCUGCUCUCUAGAUCUCUCUUUUUCCCUCCUCUACUUGUUAAUUUGUUUGUGUUUUGAAGCUCACACCUCAAGAGCUUUUGGAAUAGACUUCCUUUGUUAAGCCUUGUUCUCUCUUUGAAUUUGUUAUAAUUAGUCUCCUUUUGAUU